ACCGCGGUGACGCCAACUCCUCAAAUACCAUGGUCAAGGGACGCUUCAUCAUGAACCCUUUUCCGGAGAUGCAGAUCUCGCCCAAUGACCGACUUCAGCUUCAAGAUCUCGCCAAUGGGAUCAUCAUGACCAACCUCGACAACUACAACACGUUCGUGUCGGGAAAGCGAAAGGUUGACACGCGUCGGUGGAAGCAGAUCAAAGAGCGUGAGAAGCUCGUAGUAUAUGCAGAACGACCCGAGUCCGCCCACUCUGCAGGCACUGAACCGUCAGGCUCCGGACUCCCCAUGAUUCUUUGUGUCGGAACUAUCGAGGGCAAGCUUGAGGAUAUCAUGUACGGAGUCAUCAGCGAAGAUCUAGAGACGAUGCGGGUCAAGGCUUCGUACGUAGACGACGUGAGUGGAGCAGCAGUGCUGGACCCCAUCGUGCUACCGACUCUCGAAGAUCCAUUCCAAUCCCUUAUCGUCAAGUGGAUGGAGCUCGACAUCCCGUUCGCAUCGACCAGUCUCGUCAAGAACCGCGACUACGUGUAUAUAGAGGGAACGGGAUUCGUGACAUCUCAAACUGGUGAACGACUAGGUUACCACCUUCUACACUCUGUCAGCUUUCCACAGACACAUGAGCUUCCAAAUCGAAUCCGAGGAAACGUCUCCAUCAUCGGGUUUUGGCGCCAGGCUGGACCCAACAUCACGGAGAUGUACGCGACGGGUAUUUUCGAUCCUUGUGGUGACAUGAUCCGCAUGCUCGUGGUGCCCGGCAUGGCCACUGCGUUCCUGUCCAGUGUAAAAUACGCGUACUGUGGGCAGAUGAGGAAGCUUUCCUUCAUGCUUGACAAAGCUUACGCAGAUUCCAAGGCUCACGGUGCACCGAACAAGAAAAACGUCUGCGUGACCUGCUCAGCCCCGAUCGGUCGGCGACUGGGAGACUUUUCCAAGAGUAACAGCUCGUGCAAGCUAUGCUUUGGUCACGUGUGCCACGUUUGCAAGGUGGUGCAGAAAUUGAGUUUCGUGGACCCAGAUCUACUCCUGUCGAAGCGUAAAGUGACGUUCUGCACAGGGUGCAUGAGCAGGGUGACCAGCAUGAGCUCAAUGGACUGCGCGCGUGCCAAGAUGCUCAGCUCGAAAAAGGGAGUCGACUAUUCAAGCGCUCACACGAGCUCCACUGUAAGUGGCGACUAUGGGAGCGAGAUCUCGUAUAGGAGUAACUAGAUUCUCGUUUGAUGUUCGUAUGACGUUUCACUGGGGGUAACUACCAAAUGAAAUCUUUAGGGCGAAGCACGAUGCCAUCGAAUUGUUGCUGUAACUCCAAUAGGGAACAAAAGAGUUGUAAUUUGUACCUGU